AUGGUUCAAGUAGACUCGUCGUCAACAGCGAUAGGCCUAUUAUUCAACGCAGCGAAAGUAUUGGCCGAACAACAAACCAACAUGGAAAUCGAGUCGGUUCAUUUUAUGGAUGGUUGGGUACAUCUGAAUAUGCGAGACAUGAUGAUAGGAGACGUAGAGACUGCGGAAGAAGAAAAUACAACCCUACAGAACCUAGCACAGCACGCAGAUAUUGGUGAUCAAACGCAUUAUGGUCACCAAACUUUGGAUCUGGACUGUGGGAGAUACAUGGGCGAAAAUAAUGACUACACGGAUUGUGACCCAGUUCUAACUUUACAACAAACAUCACAUGAUCAAAUGCAGACAAUUGAUCAAGUUUCUAACUACGAUAUAGGAGAUCUGUACGCUAACAAAGAAAUAAACGAGGCAGAAAUCAGAGUAGAGAUCAAUUAUGUGAGACCACCAUCUCCAAUUACGUCUUCCCUUCAAUCACUCGGUGCUUCGUCAUCUCAUUAUGAAUAUCAAAGCUCGUCAAUGAUUGCGGGAGA